GAGCCGGUCGCAAGCAGCGCGCGCGCACGCAGUGAUAAACGAAAACGAACGAUACUCGCGAACAGUUAUUUAUUUACUUAUUUACAUGGCAAAGUUUUUAUUUUAAAUUAUGUGAUAAGAAUCGUGUUUAAGAAUAUUUAAUCAAUUAUUUACGUUUUAUUAUUUAAGAAUCUCAAUAUAAACAUAGUUAUUUUAAUUGAAUAGUAAACGAAGUGCGACCAAAAUGACUAUAAAAAAUAAAAAGACUAAAUCGAAUACUUCCGAGGUGACGUCAUCUAAAAGUGCCUCGACUAGUGUACAAAAAACAAGCACAUCGACGUCUGUGCAAAAAAGUAGCAAUACCUUGCAGAAGGUCAGCUCAUCUGGUAAGAAGGUUCGAUAUAUUGAUGUAAAGGUCGAAGAGGACGACCCUCUUAUGAUAACAGACAUAUCCGACCAUGCAUCUAUCAGUGGUUCUGUUGUAUCUGAGCAUUAUAAUAGCCAUCCACAUUAUAUCAUAACAGAAGCACCUUCUGUGUCCGACCUAUCACAAGCUCGAUCCCUGCAAGAACAUCAAGUAAGUGAUAUGGCUCAGUCAACCACUGGUGAGUUUGUUUCAAGCUCUGUAUUACAGCAAUCUUCCUCAACAUCAGAACAAAAAACAUCUAAAAGCGAAACCUAUCAAUCAUCAUCAUCAUCUAUUCAGCAUUCGGGUUCCAGUCAUAGUCAAAUAUAUGAUUCUUCUACAAAUCAAUCGCUAAAUACUGGUUUUAUUGAUAAUACAGCACAUAGUACUUCCGGUACCCAGAAUGCAUUUUUGACAAGAUCUCAGGGCGCUAAUGCAACAGAUUCAUUCAUACAAUCUGAACGUCAAAAUUUAGCACAAACUCAUUCAAGCCAAUUUUCGAGCCAUGAUUCCAAUAAAAAUCGUAUGAGUAGUCGUAAUGACGAACGCCAUCAAAAUGUUUCUGGUAAUUCUAACAGAGUGGAUACAGUUGGAUCAGAUCCUAACAAUUUCUACGGAGGUGAAGGGACACUUGAUAAAAAUACAAAAACAAAAGAAUACAGUAGUACUUCACAGUCGAGCCAAUCUAAAAGCAGCAGUAUAGCAAAAUCAUCUUCAUCUUCAUAUGUUGUUGAAAUUGUAGAUGGUAAGGAAAGAAUUAUUGACAGCUCUAAAAGGGAGUGGGGGGAUGCUAAAGAACUUUCUACAAAUGAAGAAUAUGCAAGUGUGAGUGGCACUGAUAUUAAGCCUCAGUCAAUUUAUAGUUCUCAAAAUUAUGACAUGAAAUCAAAAUAUGAUACCGGAAAAGAUGGAGCAAAGCCUCUUAAUGAAAUGACAAUCAAAGAAGAUUCUAAAUUUGUUAAGGAUGGUAACCAGUUAACCAGUCAUACGAGCGUGAUUAGUCAAAAAGAUAAUUCAAUCCAGCAAGAAUUUUCAUCUACUCAAGAGCAAAUAACAAAUGAAGAUUACUCACGUAUGAGAAAUAUGUCAGACAACAUUCGAACUGUUCGUUACGAUGCUGAUAAUUUUGAUCAGAACAGUAACCAAAACGUUCACCGGAACGUAAAUCAAAAUGUUCAUCAGAACAUUAAUCAAAAUGUGCAUCAAAACAUCAACCAAAAUGUUCAUGAAAAUAUCAAUCAAAAUAUUCAAUAUCAAUCAACUGUUGAUCAAAAUACAAGCACAAUUAACGACCAUAAAUUGCAGUCAAAUCAAAGUAACUACAGCAACACAAGUAACACAGAGCAAAGGGAUGUAAGAGAAAAUAUAACGUCAAGGAAUGAAACUACAUCCAACCAAAUAACGCGUAGACGCGAUAUAAAUCAAACCGAUUCUUCUAAUUUUUACGGAUAUGAUGCAACCAUUCAGGAUCAGAUUAGAAAAGUUGGAGAUAUACUUCAGGUUCCAAAUACUGAAAAUAUUAACUAUUCAACGAAGAUAAUGAAAAGUAACACAAGUAGUGCCCAACAAGCAUCUACAUCGUCUUAUGUAUUUGAAGUUGUUGACGGCAAACAGAGAGUAGUGGAUAGUAAGCAUAGAGAAUGGGGAGAUAGUAAAGAACACGCCACGUAUGAAAAAAGUCACAAUAUCAGUGGCACGGGAAUAAAACCAGAACAUGAAUAUUCUAGACAUGUACUUGAUAAAGAAUCAUAUUAUGAUACUGGAAAAGAUGGUGUUCCUAAAAGUGCCACUCAUGUGGAAGAGGAAUCAGCUCUGUAUAAGAAUGGUAUUGAAGUUGCUUCUACAAGAAACAAAUUUUCAAGUGACUUAACAAAACCAGUAAAACCAGCUAUAACUGAACAUACAACAGACACAGAUGAUUUACGAAAACAAAGGGUAGUCGAUCAAAGCACUAAUGUUUACACAGAUAAACAUAGUACUCUAAAUGAUGUGCAAUCAUAUACUCAAGAAUCUGAUGAUGUCAGGAAAACUAGUGAAUUAAUAACAAGUGAAAAACAAAACAUAUCUAAGGAAACAACAUCAAAGAAAAGUUCUGAAACAAAAGAUACAUUGACUACUUAUGAAAGGAGUACGGGAACGUGGAAUGGAAAAUUCACAUAUGAAAAUGAUGACGACAGACCUAAACGACCAAAACAAAUGUCUCCAUUUGGUAAACCUGAACAACCACGACACCAUUUAAAACGUCAAGAUACUGAAGAAAACAUCAUAUUGUCAUCGAGAGAUAUUAAAGACUUUACAUCUAUCAGUGAUUUACGAAAAAUUAUAGAGACAUCUCAAUCAAACAAAGAUGUUACCGUAAGUAAUAAAAAUAUUGUUAUUCGGAGAAAUAUUGAUGAUCGAGUUUUGAAAGAGAUUAUAGAUACGGUUAAAAAAUACCCAUUCAAAAGAAUAGAUAAGGUAACUUUCGGUACAAAAAUUAAUGAAGAUGUUAAAGACCUUUAUGAAGGCAUUGACACUGAGGAAACCACCGUUUUAAGUACUAAAACGGGUGAUAAAGUAAAGAAAUCAUUUGAAAUUGAUAAAACAAGAAGUCAAAUAGAAGUGACGCGGUACUAUACUGAAAAUGGUAUUACCAGAAAAGAAACAACAUAUGAAGAUGCAAAGGAAGAUGAAAAAGUUAUCACCGACGUUUUUGUGGAUAACAGUUCGUUAGACAUCAGAAAUUUGAAGGAUGUCCGCACAACGAAAGACAUACACGAAUACGACGUGGUUGAUCACGCUAUUACAGAUACCACAAGGCAGGAUACAGUCAUCAGCUCCGUCUAUGAUGAGACUGUCAUAGACGAUAGAAAAACCGUGCGAGAUGACAAAACAACAAUCGAAGAGACUGUCUACAUAGAUGAAACUAGGCCAAGGCCUGGUGGCCCUAGGAAGCCAGAGAAGAUAGUAAAGGAACAAUGCAUUUGUGAAAUCUGUACUUGUGGGCAUCACCGUUGCCCACACAACGAUGUCCCGGAGCCAUUGUUCGAUGUGGAGCAUACCACGAGCGUGGUUUCCGCGUACAAACAAGAUUAUGAUGAAAAACAUGUCAGUCGAACCACAGCAGUUAUUCAUGAAGAUAACUUGUAUCUGGAAGGUGAUUUUCAGGAGCCAGAACGUCCCCGUUGGCAGCCCGUCGAACGCCCUAAAGCAACUAAGCCGGAAGAUAAUCUUAAACCUGAAGGAGAAUUUGAAAAGAGGCAACCUGAGGAAUGGCGCCCAGGUGAUAGAGCACCAACCAGACGGCCUGAAGAUAAUUUGAAACCAGAAGGUGAAUUUACUACGCCUGAAAAAGAUCAGUGGCGUCCAGCAGAGCGCCAGCGUCCACGCAAACCUGAGGAUAACUUAAAACCAGAAGGUGAUGUUGAUUAUACCAGACCAGGAGAAUGGCGACCCGGUGAUCGAGCCCCGGUGAAGCGGCCAGAAGAUAAUUUGAAACCAGAGGGUGAAUUUGAAAAGAGACGUCCAGAGGAAUGGAGGCCUGGGGAUAGAGCUCCAACACGCCGGCCAGAAGAUAAUCUUAGACCAGAAGGGGAAUUUACUACGCCACAAAAAGAACAAUGGCGGCCAGCAGAUCGUCAAAAACCCAAAAAACCGGAAGACAACUUAUUCCCAGAGGGUGAAUUUGAGAAGCGCAAACCAGAUGAAUGGCGUCCAGGUGACAGAGCUCCAGUACGUCGUCCAGAAGACAAUCUUAGACCUGAAGGUGAUUUCGAAGAUAGAAAACCUGAAAAGUGGCAACCAGGUGAAAGAGCACCCGUUAAACGACCUGAAGACAAUCUUAGGCCUGAAGGUGAUUUUGAAAAAAGACGACCAGAGGAAUGGCAACCUGGUGACCGAGCUCCUACACGUCGCCCUCAAGACAAUCUAAAACCUGAAGGUGAAUUCACUUCUCCAGAAAAAGAACAAUGGCGACCUGCUGAACGUCCAAAAGCCAAAAAACCUGAAGAUAAUUUAUAUCCUGAAGGUGAAUUUACAAGACGAAAGCCCGAAGAGUGGCGUCCAGGAGACAGAGCUCCAGUCCGUAAACCUGAAGACAAUCUUAAACCUGAAGGAGAUUUCGAAGACAGAAAACCUGAAAAAUGGCAGCCUGGUGAGAGAGCCCCUGUUAAACGACCCGAAGACAAUCUUAAACCUGAAGGUGAUUUUGAAAAAAGACGUCCUGAAGAAUGGAAACCCGGGGAUAGAGCUCCUACGCGUCGACCGGAAGACAAUCUUAAGCCCGAAGGUGAAUUUACAACACCAGAAAAAGAAGCAUGGCGACCAGCCGAGCGUCAAAAACCUAAAAAACCUGAAGAUAAUUUAUAUCCUGAAGGAGAAUUUACAAAACGAAAACCUGACGAGUGGCGUCCAGGUGAUAGAGCUCCAGUCCGUAAGCCAGAGGAUAAUCUUAAGCCUGAAGGUGAAUUCACCUCUCCUGAAAAGCAGCCUUGGCAGCCAGCUGAACGCCAAAAGCCGAAAAAACCCGAAGAUAAUCUUAAACCUGAGGGAGACUUUGAAGUCAGAAAACCGGAGAAGUGGCAACCUGGAGAUAGAGCUCCUGCUCGACGACCAGAAGAUAACCUUAAGCCCGAAGGUGAAUUUACAACACCCGAAAAAGAACCUUGGCUACCAGCUGAAAGGCAGCAGCCAAAACGACCUGAGGAUAAUCUGUUUCCUGAAGGAGAAUUUGAAGAUAGAAAACCAGAUAAGUGGCAACCUGGCGAGAGAGCAACUGUUAAACGACCCGAAGAUAACCUUAGACCUGAAGGCGAUUUUGAAAAAAGACGUCCUGAAGAAUGGAAACCCGGGGAUAGAGCUCCUACGCGUCGACCGGAAGACAAUCUUAAGCCCGAAGGUGAAUUUACAACACCAGAAAAAGAAGCAUGGCGACCAGCCGAGCGUCAAAAACCUAAAAAACCUGAAGAUAAUUUAUAUCCUGAAGGAGAAUUUACAAAACGAAAACCUGACGAGUGGCGUCCAGGUGAUAGAGCUCCAGUCCGUAAACCUGAAGAUAAUCUUAAACCUGAAGGUGAAUUCACAUCUCCUGAAAAACAACCUUGGCAGCCUGCUGAACGACAAAAGCAGAAGAAACCUGAAGAUAAUUUAAAACCUGAAGGAGAAUUUACGACACCUGAUAAAGAAACAUGGCGUCCAGCUGAGCGACAAAAGCCAAAGAAACCAGAAGACAAUCUGAAACCUGAAGGAGAUUUUGAAGGCAGAAAACCAGAAGAAUGGCGCCCAGGUGAUCGUGCGCCAGUAAAACGUCCGGAAGAUAACUUGAAACCUGAAGGAGAAUUUGAAAAACGACGCCCUGAAAAAUGGCAACCAGGUGAUAGAGCACCUACUCGCCGCCCUGAGGACAAUCUUAAACCUGAAGGAGAAUUUACGUCUCCUAAAAAGGAGGAAUGGAAACCAGCUGAACGACCAAAGCCCAUUAAGCCUGAAGAUAAUUUAUAUCCGGAAGGAGACUUUGAAGAUAGGAGACCAGAGCAGUGGAAACCUGCUGAUAGGGCUCAAAUUCGCAAGCCAGAAGAUAAUCUUAGACCUGAAGGUGAAUUUACAACACCAGAUAAACAACGCUGGCAACCAGCUGAACGUCAAAAACCUACAAAGCCAGAAGACAACUUAAAACCAGAAGGUGACUUUGAAAAACGUCAACCUGAUGAGUGGCAACCCGGAGAUCGAGCACCAACACGGAAACCUGUAGAUAACUUAAAACCAGAAGGAGAAUUUACAACACCUCAAAAAGACAGGUGGCAACCGGCUGAACGUCAAAAACCUAAAAAGCCAGAGGAUAACUUGAAACCAGAAGGAGAGUUUACAACUCCUGAAAAAACGCCUUGGAGACCUGCUGAAAAAACACAGCCUAAAAAGCCAGAAGAUAAUCUCAAACCUGAAGGUGAAUUUGAAAGACAGAAACCUGAUGAGUGGCGUCCUGCUGGGCGACCGAAACAAAAGAAACCAGAGGAUAAUCUUAAACCUGAAGGAGAGUUUGAAAGACAGACACCUGAUGAGUGGCGUCCUGCUGAGCGACCGAAACAAAAGAAACCAGAGGAUAAUCUUAAACCUGAAGGAGAGUUUGAACGUAAAAAACCAGAAAAAUGGCAACCAGGAGAAAGAGAACCAAUGAAAAGACCUGAGGACAAUUUGAAACCAGAAGGAGAAUUUACUACACCGGAAAAAGAAAAAUGGCGUCCCGCUGAAAGAACAAUACAAAAGAAACCAGUUGACAAUUUGAAACCUGAAGGAGAAUUUACAACGAGAAGAAUUGAAGACUACAAAGUCGUUACUGGUGAAAGAGCUGAAAUUAUUAGGCGUACUGAUAAUAUUAUUACCGAGGGCGAAUUCACAGAUACAACAACUUCUCGAAGUGAAUACACAAUAAAACCAACAGAAAGACCUAAGCCUGUUAGAAGAAAUACUUGGACAAAAUUGGAAGGGGAUAUGGUCACAGAAACUACAUCACAGUCUGAAUUUAUUGACUAUACUGAUACAGUUGAAAGGACUACGUUAGUAACUAAAAGAACGGAUAAUUUAAUUCAUGAGGGGGAGAUUGAGUUUGUAACAUCUAAUCAAAAAGACUAUACUGAAAAGAAUACUAUCAUAGAACGACCACAGAGGCGUCGUACAUGGACUAAAGAAGACAUUGAAAAGUUUUACUCCACAGAAAAUACAGAGAAUAUAACCACCAGUCAAGAAGAAUAUAAAAUCCAUGAAGAGAAGUGGACCGGAAGAAGACCCUUAGCUAAAAAACCGGAGGAUAAUCUUAAGCCUGAAGGUGAAAUGGAAAAACCAAAACAAGAUGUGUGGCGUCCUGCCGAAAGGCAAACUGCACAGAAACCUAAAGAUAAUUUAGUUCCAGAAGGUGCAUUUGAGACACCGAAAAAGGAAGAUUGGCGCCCAGCUGAACGACAAAAGCCUAAAAAACCUUCGGACAAUUUAUUCCCAGAAGGUGAGUUUACAACUCCAGAAAAGGAGAAAUGGCAACCAGCUGAGCGUCCAAUACAGAAGAAACCUACGGAUAAUCUCAAACCAGAAGGUGAAUUCGAAAAGCCAAAACAAGAUGAAUGGCGACCAGCUGAGAGACAAACUCCCAAGAAACCAAAAGAUAAUCUCAAGCCUGAGGGUGAUUUUGAAACUCCUAAACAUGAAGAAUGGCGACCAUCAGAGAGGCCUAUAGCUAAAAAACCAGAGGAUAAUUUACGCCCGGAAGGAGAAUUUGAAAGGAGGAAGCCAGAAGAGUGGCAACCUGGAGAUAGGGCUCCAGUCCGUCGUCCUUCUGAUAAUUUAAAACCUGAAGGUGAAUUCACGACACCAGAUAAACAACAAUGGCGACCAGCUGAACGUCGGGAACAAACGCGACCCCAAGAUAACUUAAAACCAGAGGGUGACUUUGAGCAACCAAAACAAGAGCAAUGGCGACCUGCAGAAAAACAGACUCCUAAAAAGCCUAAAGAUAAUCUUAAGCCUGAAGGUGAAUUCACGACACCAGAUAAACAACAAUGGCGACCAGCUGAACGUCGGGAACAAACGCGACCCCAAGAUAACUUAAAACCAGAGGGUGACUUUGAGCAACCAAAACAAGACCAAUGGCGGCCUGCAGAAAAGCAGACUGCUAAAAAGCCCAAAGAUAAUCUUAAGCCUGAAGGUGAAUUCACUACACCUGAUAAACAACAAUGGCGACCAGCUGAACGACCGGAACAAAAGCGACCCCAAGAUAACUUAAAACCAGAGGGUGACUUUGAGCAACCUAAACAAGAGCAAUGGCGACCUGCAGAAAAACAGACUCCUAAAAAGCCUAAAGAUAAUCUUAAGCCUGAAGGUGAAUUCACUACACCUGAUAAACAACAUUGGCGACCAGCUGAACGUCGGGAACAAACGCGACCCCAAGAUAACUUAAAACCAGAGGGUGACUUUGAGCAACCAAAACAAGACCAAUGGCGGCCUGCAGAAAAGCAGACUGCUAAAAAGCCCAAAGAUAAUCUUAAGCCUGAAGGUGAAUUCACUACACCUGAUAAACAACAAUGGCGACCAGCUGAACGACCGGAACAAAAGCGACCCCAAGAUAACUUAAAACCAGAGGGUGACUUUGAGCAACCUAAACAAGAGCAAUGGCGACCUGCAGAAAAACAGACUCCUAAAAAGCCUAAAGAUAAUCUUAAGCCUGAAGGUGAAUUCACUACACCUGAUAAACAACAUUGGCGACCAGCUGAACGUCGGGAACAAACGCGACCCCAAGAUAACUUAAAACCAGAGGGUGACUUUGAGCAACCAAAACAAGACCAAUGGCGGCCUGCAGAAAAGCAGACUGCUAAUAAGCCCAAAGAUAAUCUUAAGCCUGAAGGUGAAUUCACUACACCUGAUAAACAACAAUGGCGACCAGCUGAACGACCGGAACAAAAGCGACCCCAAGAUAACUUAAAACCAGAGGGUGACUUUGAGCAACCUAAACAAGAGCAAUGGCGACCUGCAGAAAAACAGACUCCUAAAAAGCCUAAAGAUAAUCUUAAGCCUGAAGGUGAAUUCACUACACCUGAUAAACAACAAUGGCGACCAGCUGAACGACCGGAACAAAAGCGACCCCAAGAUAACUUAAAACCAGAGGGUGACUUUGAGCAACCUAAACAAGAGCAAUGGCGACCUGCAGAAAAACAGACUCCUAAAAAGCCUAAAGAUAAUCUUAAGCCUGAAGGUGAAUUCACUACACCUGAUAAACAACAAUGGCAACCAGCUGAACGUCGGGAACAAACGCGACCCGAAGAUAACUUAAAACCAGAGGGUGACUUUGAGCAACCAAAACAAGACCAAUGGCGGCCUGCAGAAAAGCAGACUGCUAAAAAGCCUAAAGAUAAUCUUAAGCCUGAAGGUGAAUUCACGACACCUGAUAAACAAAAAUGGCGACCAGCUGAACGACCUGUUCAAAAGAGGCCACAAGAUAAUCUCAAACCAGAAGGUGAUUUUGAGCAACCAAAACAAAAAGAAUGGCAACCUGCAGAGCGACCAACUCCAACAAAACCAAAAGACAAUUUGCAUACUGAGGGAGAAUUUGAAAAACCAAAACAAGAACAAUGGAAACCUGCUGAAAGACAAACACCGAAAAAACCUCAAGAUAAUUUAAGACCCGAAGGUGAUUUUGAAAAGCCAACAGCAGAAAAAUGGCAACCAGGUGAAAGACCAACGCCUAAGAAGCCACAGGACAAUCUUAAAACUGAAGGCAAAUUUGAGAGGCCAGAAAAGCCAAAACCAGUUCCGCUUGGAGAAAGACCUGUGCAAAAGAAACCAGAAGAUAACUUAAAACCAGAGGGUGAAAUGGACAUCGUGCGACGGACUGAUUAUACUGCUACUCGUGGAGAACGUGUGAAUGUAGUUAAGCAUGAAGAUCAUCUCAAAAUGGAAGGUGUGAUAGAUGUUCAUCGUACGAGAGAUGAUUAUAAACGAAUUGACAAGACAGAAAAAAUUGUUAUCCAAAAACAUGAAGAUAACUUACGUACAGAAGGUGAAUUCAUUGAUCUACACACCCGUAAUGAUUACAGUGCUACAAAAGGAGAAAGAGCUCCUGUGGUUAAACCGCAAGAUAAUUUGAAACCUGAUGGCAAGUUUUAUAAACCUGAAGUUGUUCCAUCUCAACCUGCUGAAAAAAGGAAGCCAUUUAGACACGUUGAUAAUAUACAAAUUGAACAUGACUUUGAUGUUAGACAGAAGGUUGAUAGAGUCGAUAUCAUCCGACGUGAAGAUAAUUUAAAAAUUGAAGGCGAAUUCAUAGACAUGAAGCAAAAGAAUGAUUAUAAAGUUGUGACUGGUGAAAGAACUGCUAUUGUCAAACAUGAAGAUAACUUAAAAAUGGAAGGUAAUAUGGAAAAUAUUCGAUCGUCGGAUACAUAUCGUCUAGUCAAAGGUCAAAGGGUAAAAUUAACGCGUCGCGAAGACAACUUAAAAAUUGAAGGUGUGUUUGAAGACCUCAAUCGUAAAACUGAUUUCAAUAUUACUACUAAGGAAGGAAAACCUGCCAUAAAAGAAAAUGAACCGAAACAAAUUCAAAGAAAACCAAACGAAGAAGAUGUAAAGAAUAAACAAAAGCAAGGGCCGCAAAAGAGUAAUCACGUUACUUCAGAAGUGUAUUCCAAGUCGACUCAACGAACGGAAGAAGAUUCUAAGUAUCACACUCAAAAUUACACAGACAGAGUCAUACAAGAGACAUUUGUCGAUGCUAAAGGUCCAAGUAAACACCCAUCCCAUACUCACUCUCCGGCACGGGAUGAUGAAGUCAGCGAUAAAUCACCAAGACCAAGAUGGAAUAAACCCGUGGAGAACGAUGAUAGCACAAAUAGGCGACCAGCUGAUGGAAAACCGCAAACUGAUGAUACAAUUAGAAACCAAGAUCAAGAUCGUCCUGAUAGACCUGGUCAGUCACCUUUGCCAUCAAAAUAUAAGACUCCAGAAGAUCAAGAAAAAUGGAGUCCUAUGAGGCGAGGUACUUCUCAAACGAGGCAAGUCGUUUCAUCAGAUGAGACAACAUACCACAAUCAAGAUUUUAAUAAUAUUGUGAGACAUGAUGUGCAGCACCACACAGUUAAUAAAGUUUUAGUUACAAAUUCACAAACUACUCACGAUGAGAAAACAAACAUCCAGAGAAAUCAAACAGAUGUACAUAGCCCUACGUAUGGUCAUCCACAAAACCAUCCUCAUCAACAUGAUUACCAAAAAUCUUCAACAAAUUACGACCAUUCUGUUAACCAAGUUAACCAAUCUGUACAAAAAACCGGUGUCGUAAAUCAAACUGGUUUCAUCAGCAAAACUGACAAUACAGUACGUCAAGGUAGCGUCGAACGCACGUCUUCAGGACAUACAAAUGACCAAACAAACAAAGUGAAUCGAACAUCUAAUAGUAUGACGCGAAACACUAAUGACAAAAAUACGGUAAACAGAGUUGAUUCAAGGAACGUAAAAAAUAUUUCAUCUACAACAACAAAUUCCACGAAGACGAUAAAAAAAGUAACCGAAAAGAAGUUGAUUGCAGGAAAGUGGGUGACCGUAACUAGAAAUGUUGAAGUAAAUACCACAGUAGGCGAAGGUUCUGGUAAACCAAAUAAUAAAGGAAUAACUCAUGUUGAUCAACCAAAUGUCAUACAAGAGAUAUUUGUCGAUGCUAAAGGUCCAAGUAAACACCCAUCCCAUACUCACUCUCCGGCACGGGAUGAUGAGGUCAGCGAUAAAUCACCUAGACCAAGAUGGAAUAAGCCCGUGGAGAGCGAUGAUAGCACAAAUAGGCGACCAGCUGAUGGAAGACCGCAAACUGAUUAUACAAUUAGAAACCAAGGUCAAGAUCGUCCUGAUAGACCUGGUCAGUCACCUUUGCCAUCAAAAUAUAAGACUCCAGAAGAUCAAGAAAAAUGGAGUCCUAUGAGGCGAGAUCCUUCUCAAACGAGGCAAGUCGUUUCAUCAGAUGUGACAACAUACCACAAUCAAGAUUCUAAUAAUAUUGUGAGACAUGAUGUGCAGCACCACACAGUUAAUAAAGUUUUAGUUACAAAUUCACAAACUACUCACGAUGAGAAAACAAACAUCCAGAGAAAUCAAACAGAUGUACAUAGCCCUACGUAUGGUCAUCCACAAAACCAUCCUCAUCAACAUGAUUACCAAAAAUCUUCAACAAAUUACGACCAUUCUGUUAACCAAGUUAACGAAUCUGUACAAAAAACAGGUGUCGUAAAUCAAACUGGUUUCAUCAGCAAAACUGACAAUACAGUACGUCAAGGUAGUGUCGAACGCACGUCUUCAGGAAAUACAAAUGACCAAACAAACAAAGUGAAUCGAACAUCUAAUAGUAUGACGCGAAACACGAAUAACAAAACUACGGUAAACAGUGUUGAUUCAAGGAACGUAAAAAAUAUUUCAUCUACCAUAACAAAUUCCACGAAGACGAUAAAACAAGUUACCGAAAAGAAGUUGAUUGCAGGAAAGUGGGUGACUGUAACUAGGAAUGUUGAAGUAAAUACCACCGUAGGCGAAGGUUCUGGUAAACCAAAUAAUAAAGGAAUUACUCAUGUUGAUCAACCAAAUUCCUCAACAGAUUCGCUUAAUCAACAGUCUAGAAAUGUUAUAUCUACAAAUCAAACUAAAUCGUCAUCAAGUGAAAAUCAUCAAUCACAUAAGAGUCAGUAUAAUAUGUCUGAAAACCAACAGCAAAACCAGCACCAGCAACAAUACCAACAUUUAAAACAACAACAACACCUCCACCAACACCAUCACCAACUACAAAAUCAACACCAACACGAUACACUUAACACUACGUUCACGGUUAAAGGCUCGCAUGAUGUGACUGACAGCGGACGCAAUCAAAAGAAUAUUAUAAUUAAAGAAAAUGAUAAUAUCAAUCAAAAUCUUGGGAGAGAAUCUACAAGUCAAGUAUCUAGUUCCACACAGCAUUAUAAGACUUCUCAUGUGUCAGAUAAUAGUACAUCUCAGACAUCCCAACGUGUGACUGAUAGUCGUAUACACAGCGAUCAAAUAAACAGAGGCAGGACAAAAGACCAUACAAUUACAUCACGUAAUAUUAUUGGUGAUAAUAUUAGUCAUGAUUCUCGCAACAAUGUGCAAACAUCAAAUAUUCAACGAAAAUCGAAUAACAUGAACAUUUCGACUGAAAGACACGAACAAAGCACUGUGAAUACUAAUGUGUCUCACCAAACUCAUACGUCUAAUAGAAAUCAGUUAAGUGACAGUGUAACAAAAACAAGUGUAGAGUUCCAAAGAGCCAUGCAUGGCGGAGACACUGCAACUUCAUCUCAGGAUUAUUCGAAUCGUACCGGGUAUCACAAACGCACAUCAGACUUUAUAACGGAUGCUAAUACUAGCAAUGCAGUUCUUCAUCGUAAGGGAGUUACAUCAAACACAGAAGCAUACCAUUCUACGAGUUCCACUGCAGCAGCCCAACGUAAAAGUAUUUCUAAUUUAUCUGAACGUGGGGAUUACAUAAGCAACUCCACUCAUAGCGCAGAUAGGAAGAGCAUUAGCUCAAUGCAUCGCUCUGCUCGAGAUGGUUCCUCUGUUAUAACUCAUCACACCGAAAAUGAUGAUUACCGCCGUCAACAACGCAGAGAUGGUCAAUCCACACUAAUAACCGAGAGACAACCUCGUGCAGUUGUAAAGGAUAAUCUCCGCAUUGGUGGUGAAUUCUACGGACAAUCUGAAGCGCGAUCUUAUGGAAGUUUCUCACGCUCAGAUCAUUCACAGAAAAUAGAAAGAACGGAGCGUGUGGAAAAAGUGGAACGUCAUGCACAACACGGGAAUACUUCUCAUUUUGUGUUAGGCGACGGGAGUGCAACAAGUUACAAGCAAGAAUUUAGGGCCCACGUUCAUGGAACAUGUCCUGCAACCCUUUUAGAAUCUUCGCGCACUCCUUUUAAACAUACUCGUGAUUCUCGCGAGCAUAAAUUCUAUGCUUCUAAAAUAACAGAACAGAAAACUAAAUAAUCAAGCGUCGAUCUAACUAUUUACUUUUUAAAAUAUCAUUCCUUAUUAUUUUUGUAUUUCGAUGCUUAACUUUAAUUUUUAUACGCAAACUAACACUACUAGUCCUAAGAUAAUACGUGCCUUCUUAAGAAAAUGUUGCAAUUUUAAUGAUUUAUACCUUAUUAAUAUAUUUUAUUUUUGUGUUUAUCAAACUUUGCCAUGUAAUAAAUUUUUAUAAAAAAUA